AUGGCACACAAUUUCGCACCCUACCAGAGCAGCCCUCCUGAAUCAACACGCGCUUUGUCACCACCACUCCGCACAUCAACCUCGUCACCUCGUCCUGCUGUAGUUACUCGCGCACAAUCAAGCAUUGAAGACCCAUGGGCCGCAACCCGCGUCUCUCAACUCCCCUCUCCCUCGGCCUACGACGAUCUCGAAGCGAACACAACACAGACCUCGCGGUUAAGAGGAGAUGGCUACUAUGUCUUUGAAACGAGCUUGGGAAUCCGCAUGGACAUCGAGGCCUGUCUACCUUAUCUACUGCUACCACCUGCNGGGGGUGUCGCUUUGUUGAUCUUUGAGAGAAAGAGCGACUACGUGCGGUAUGGAGAUUGUGAGAACAAAAAGAAAGAGCUUGAUGCUGAUAUGAACACGACNAGAUUCCACGCCUGGCAGUCGAGUCUUGUCUUUGCUGCCUUGUUUGUGCUACACAUGCUGCUUUCAUGGUCUCGCUUCUUGUCUUGGCUGCUGUUCAUCGGCGACCUCGGCUUGAUCGUCCUACUGGUCUUUAGAGCUUAUCGGGAUGGUAAGAUUGCUCACUACCCUUGCCGUAUCCUUCUUGUACUGAUCUUUCUUCUAGCCGAGACUCUCGAUCGCUUCGAGCUCCCCUUCUUUGGACGCCUGGCUAGCACCUACGUCGAUCGCGAAUAA